AUGGUCAAAGAUAAGGCUACAAAGAGCCCCUUUGUAGAUCCACUGGAACGGUUCCCGGAAACGCCGAGAAAUACGCAUUUUGACCGAAGAGAUUUCUCUUAUGAAGGAACGUCGAAUGAUUUGUUUUCUGCACCACCAACACCACAGUUGAAUACGGAUAGAUUUGACCGUGGCAGAUCCUCUUCAUUGAGGUUCCAGUUACCCGAUGAUCAGCAAGAGCAGCAGCAGCAGCAGCAGCAGCAGCAGCAGCCAACACCACCAUCGUCAUCUCUGCACAAUCCACAGUCGCCGUUUCUUGAUGAUUCCAUAAUGGAAGAAGUCAGCUUGGACAAACCCAAGAUGGAGGAGCACGAGUUCACUAAGGAGUUUGCUGAGGGCGCACCAACAAAGAGACACAGAUGGGGUACGACGCGAAACAAGAACGGUAAGCCAAAGAAGGAGAACAUUAGCCGGUCCAGAACGCUACACCGGAUCCUACAUCCACGGCAUCAUAGCGAUGGUCAACACAAGCCGCUGCUGCUGCUGCUGUUGAAAGGGAGGUUGUACUCUAUAAGGAAACCAAACACGCACUCGAUUGAGUUUCCAGAACUCCACCACCAUGAGUCCGAUUCGGACGACAACACUGAUCCCGAGGCAAGCGAUGUCAAAAAUAGGAAAAAGGAAAAACGUACUGUUGUUUUCAAUAAAGAACUACCCCCAGAGUAUACGGACCCAGCAACAGGCGCGCCAAUCACAAACUACCCGCGGAACAAAAUCAGAACUACAAAGUAUACACCCAUAUCGUUCUUGCCGAAAAACAUACUCCAUCAAUUCCUCCAUAACAUUGCCAACAUUUACUUUCUUGCAUUGGUGAUCUUGGGUGCUUUCCAGAUCUUUGGUGUUCCGUCCCCAGGAAUGGCUGCUGUGCCCUUGAUUGUCAUUGUGUUCAUCACUGCUAUAAAGGAUGCCAUCGAAGACUCAAGAAGAACCAUUACAGACUUGGAAGUUAAUAACCAAAACACGCACAUUCUUGCACAAGCAGAGGAAAAUAACAAUGAUGACUACAUAUAUGAAAACAGAAAUGUCAAUGACGAGAAGGUGUCGCUUUGGAGAAAGUACAAGAAAUGGAACACAAAGCUUUUAGCACGCGUAUGGGGCGCGUCCAAGCGUAACCUAACAAAAGAAGGCAGAGCAAAUAAGGUGAGGAAAAACAUCAAUGCGGAAGACCAGGGGGGCAGAAAAUCGUUUGAAAGUGACAUCACAGCUACGGGGUCCAAUGAUGAGGAGGAGGGUGAUCCGUUUACUGAUACAUUACGCAAAUCGUUCCAACGUAAUAGCCGCAGCGGGUAUAGACAUCCAAAGACACUCAGGUUUGCGAAAAAGUACUGGAAGGACGUGAAAGUAGGUGAUGUGCUUCGGAUAUAUAACAACGAAGAGAUCCCUGCAGAUGUGGCCAUUCUCGCAACCAGUGACGACGACAACUGUUGCUUUGUUGAAACAAAGAACCUCGAUGGUGAGACCAACUUGAAAGUAAAACAGUCGUUGAAAUAUUCUUCGGAUAAACUUAAAAGAGCCGACGACUUGGUGGAUAAGUCAUUUGAGAUUGACUCUGAAGGCCCGCAUGCAAACUUAUACUCAUACGAGGGAAACCUCAAGUACACAUCAAGAGGAGGCCAAGAGGUGCAGGAACCCGUCACCAUCAACAACUUGCUCCUCCGUGGGUGCACUUUGCGAAACACCAAAUGGGUCAUUGGGAUAGUCAUGUUCACAGGAGACGAUACAAAGAUUAUGCUCAAUGCAGGCGCAACACCAACAAAGCAAUCACGCAUGUCGCGUGAGCUCAACUACUAUGUGUUGUUGAACUUUGUAUUGCUUUUCAUAAUCUGUUUUGUUUCUGGUUUGAUCAAUGGAUUAUACUAUAGGAAAAAGAACACUUCGCGAGAUUUCUUUGAGUUUGGGACUAUUGCUGGGUCGCCCGCAGUGAACGGGUUGGUAGGGUUCUUUGUUGCCGUGAUCUUGUACCAGUCGUUGGUGCCAAUCUCCCUUUACAUCACCAUUGAGAUUAUCAAAACGGCUCAGGCAUACUUUAUCUACUCCGAUAUCGGCAUGUACUACCCGAAAUUGGACUUUCCAUGCACCCCGAAAUCGUGGUCCAUCAGUGAUGAUUUGGGUCAGAUUGAAUAUAUAUUCAGCGACAAAACUGGUACAUUGACACAGAAUGUAAUGGAGUUUAAAAAGUGUACUAUUAAUGGUGUCUCGUAUGGUCUUGCGUAUACGGAGGCACUUGCAGGGUUGCGCAAGCGUAUGGGAAUAGAUGUGGAAACCGAGGCUGCACAUGAGCGUGAAGUGAUUGCCGAGGACAAAACAAGAAUGAUUGAAGAAUUGCGUCAGUUGCUCAAAAGUAAAACCUAUGAUGACGAGAUAACUUUUGUAUCGCUGAAGUUUGUAAGCGACUUGCUUGGUGCAGACGGGGCACAGCAAAAGGAAGCAAAUACUCAUUUCAUGUUGGCAUUGGCAUUGUGCCACUCGGUUCUUACAGAGCAGAGUACCAAGAACCCACACAAAUUGGUGCUCAAGGCACAGUCUCCCGAUGAGGCGGCACUAGUUGCAACCGCGCGGUCACUUGGGUUCAAUUUCAAAGGAACGACAAAAAGAGGGUUCCUAGUGGACGAGCACGGCGUCACUAAGGAGUACCAAGUACUCAACACACUCGAGUUCAACUCCACAAGAAAGAGAAUGAGCACGAUUAUCAAGAUUCCCGCGGAUCCAGAGCCAAAAGCAUUAUUAAUCUGCAAAGGUGCAGACUCCAUCAUCUAUGAACGAUUGUCGCCAACAGAAAACAACCCCGAGAUGCUCGAAGCCACGGCAAAGCACCUCGAGGAGUAUGCCACCGAAGGGUUGCGUACACUUUGCAUUGCCGAGAGGGAGCUUUCAUGGAGUCAGUAUACAGAGUGGAACAAACGACACCAGAUUGCUGCAUCUUCCUUGGAGAACAGAGAGGAGAAAAUGGAAGAGGUUGCAGACUCGAUUGAGCGUGAGUUGGUUCUUCUUGGAGGUACUGCCAUUGAGGACAGAUUGCAAGAUGGUGUUCCCGAUGCCAUAUCCACGCUUGCAGAAGCAGGAAUCAAGUUGUGGGUUCUAACUGGGGACAAGGUAGAAACAGCCAUCAAUAUUGGGUUCUCAUGCAACUUGUUAGGGAACGAGAUGCAGAUACUAGUUAUCAAAACCGCAUACUCCAAAGAGGAAACGGAAAAGAUAGGCGGCGGCCUUGAGUUGGGGUUUGGCAAUUCAGAGGCAAAAACUAUUGAUACUGUUAUCUCGUACUACUUGCAACACCACUUCAAUAUGGAAGGCACUGUUGAAGAGCAGGAGGUUGCAUCAAAGGACCACUCUCCACCAGACGAAGGGUUUGGUGUCGUUAUUGAUGGAGAUGCGCUAAAACUCGCGCUCUUGGAUAAAGACACAAAGAGAAGGUUUCUUCUUUUGUGCAAGAAAUGUCGAGCUGUGCUUUGCUGUCGAGUCUCGCCUGCGCAAAAAGCAGCAGUUGUCAAGUUGGUCAAGGAUACUUUGGACGUGAUGACUCUUGCAAUCGGCGAUGGGUCCAACGAUGUGGCAAUGAUUCAAGCAGCAGAUGUAGGUGUAGGCAUUGCGGGAGAAGAAGGGCGACAAGCAGUGAUGUCGUCCGACUAUGCAUUUGGCCAGUUUAGGUUCCUUGUGCGGCUACUACUCACACAUGGACGGUGGUCGUACAAACGGUUCAGUGAGAUGAUCCCUUCCUUCUUUUACAAGAACAUCAUCUUCAACAUUGCGUUGUUCUGGUACGGAAUAUACUGUGACUUUGACGGAACUUAUUUGUUUGAGUUUACGUAUCUUAUGUUCUACAAUUUGGCAUUCACCUCGCUUCCAGUGAUCUUCUUGGGUAUAUUUGACCAGGAUGUUCCUGCAAAAGUAGGCUUGCUUGUGCCGGCGUUGUACCGAACGGGGAUCUUGCGCAAUGAAAUGAGCGAUUUGAAGUUUUACAUUUAUUGUCUUGAUGGGAUCUACCAAAGUGCCAUCUCAUACUUUUUCCCCUACCUCAUGUAUAUGGUUGCAUUUCCAGAUUCGAGCGGGAGACCUGUGGAUCAUAGGUUCUGGGUCGGAGUCCCCGUCACUGUUAUUGCAUGUACCAGCUGCAACUUGUACAUCCUAUUCCACCAGUACCGAUGGGAUUGGCUAAGCAGUUUGAUCAUUGCCAUCUCCAUUCUCAUUGUGUUUAUAUGGACAGGUAUAUGGUCCUCCUCAGAGUACUCGUCUCAAGAGUUCUACAAAGCUGCUGCAGAGGUGUUUGGCAUGACCUCCUUCUGGGCGUGUAUCUUCAUCGGAAUACUCUGCUGCUUGCUACCAAGACUAUUCUACGAUAUCAUACAACGAGAGUUCUGGCCUCAUGAUGUCGAUGUGAUCCGCGAAUGUAUCCAAAGAGGCGACUUUGACCCGUACCCGGACCUGUACGACCCCACGGAUCCAGAACGACCCAAGAUCAGUGCAUAUAGCAGUGAAGUGGUGACUCGAAUGAGUAUGGACCAUAAGUUAUCCGACGAGCUAAAGCCAGAACGCGUGGACCUCAGCAACGACAACAUCACUCCUCACACACCACCUCCCGGGUUUGUGUCGAAAAUGAAAAGAGUUAAACAACACUACUUUAACUCAAACUCAGAUGAGCUGUUGGCUACAGAGACUAUCCAAAUGGACGACUUUAAUAAUAACCAAGUAAGGUUCUCUGAGAUAAGUGAAAGAAAUAGAAAUUAG